AUGUCUUCCCCCAAUCCCGAGGGUACCCCACAAGAGCCUGAGACUGAGCCCUCCAGCUCCCAGGAGAAAAAGAAGAAAAGCAAGUGUCAGGAGCUUGAGGCCAGCAUCCAAGUCCUCACCAGGGCUGGCCACAGGGCCCUCCUGGCUCGCCAGAACCAUGAGGCCUUGACCAGCUUCCAGCGGGCCUUCCUCCUGGCCUCCAAGGCCUCACGGGAGCGGGACACCCCUCUUCUCCGGGCCUGUGCCUUCAACCUGGGGGCUGCCUACGUGGAGACGGGGCACCCAGCCAGGGGCCUUGAGCUGCUCCUAAGGGCCCAACCUGAAGAGAAGGCACAGGGCCGGUGUCAUGGUGACCAGUGCUUCAAUGUGGCUUCGGCCUACCAGGCCCUGGGCCACCUGCCUCAAGCGUUGGCCUGGUACUGCAGGGCCCUGGGCCACUACCAGCCACUGGGUGACCAGGGCCAGGUCCGGGCAAAAAUGGGAGCCUGCUACCAGGCGCUGGGACAGCCUGAGCUAGCAGCCCAGUGCUUACAGGAAGCAAGCCAGGCCUACGCCCAAGCAGGGCAGCCCCGGGCGGCAGCCCUGGCGUUGGGGGCUGCGGCGGGGUGUAUGCUGAAGAGCGGGCAGCACGGCCUGGGUGAAGUGGUGCAGGUGCUGGAGGAGAGCUGGCGGCUGGCGGAGAUGAGCACCGAGCAGCGACUGCUUGGGCAGCUCUAUAAUGACCUGGGCCUGGGCUACUCCCAGCUCCAGCUGUUCCCACUAGCACUAGAGGCCUUCCUGCAGGCCUUGCCCUUGUGCCGGGGACCAGGAGAGGAGGCCACGGUGCUGAGGAACCUUGGGAUGGCCCACAAUGCCCUUGGAAACUACCAGGAAGCCCGGGGAUUUCACCAGAAAGCUGCUGACCUGCAUGGUUCUGUGGGGCAGCGGUGGGAGCAAGGCCGGAGCUUUGGCAGCCUGGCAUUUGCACUGAGCCAGCUGGGGGACCACAAGGCCGCCAGAGACAACUACCUCCACGCUCUGCAGGCUGCCCAGGACACUGGGGACGUGAAGGGGCAGUGGCAGGCCUGCGAGGGCCUGGGGGCUGCUGCAGCCAGACUGGGGCAGCACGACCAGGCCCUGAAGUACUAUAAGGAGGCGCUGGCCCAGUGUCAGAAGGAGCCAGAUUCUGUGCGAGAACGGCUGGUGGCCAAGCUGGCGGACGCCAUGAGGACCCACUUGGCUCAGGGUGGGCUGGACCCAACUCACACCCCGAUCUCAGCUCCAGGGAAGCCUCGGCCUCCAGGUGGGGCCGGCCCAGCAGGGACUCCGGCCAGACUGGGAAGAAGCCCAGGAGAUGCAAAGCACAGUAAUCCGAACGACUUUUACCCAGCUCAGGAGGCCUGGCCGGUCCCCUGCCUCCUGCACGGCCUGACCGUAGACCUCAGAGAAAGGAAGAGCCCCGCUGAACGUGGGGAUAUGCAGCUUACAUCUCCUCCCUACUGCUCUGCAGCCCGCCGGCAGAGGUCAUGCAAACAGCCCAGGGAGACCCCCAGCAGGGACCCACCAAGGAGACCCACCACAUCUGGCUUCUGCAUGAUCAUGUGACCCCACCCUACUGGCCUCAGCGGUACCUCCCCAACAUACACACUUGAGGGUUUCUGGGACCAAGACCCUUCCCAGUUGUUCAGCGCUGUAUAGACAUGGAUUACAACACAGGCAGCAAGUGGGCUCCCGAGCAGGCGGCACAAGGGCUUUGCAGUCUCAGCACUGAGGCUGCUCGCUCCUUGCUGGGAGUUUUGGACUCAACAGGCAAAAGCGAAAAGGGAAAUAGAUGGUGAAUCUCCCCCUGUUCUUCUGGAUCCAAACCUCAUGAUCACUUAGGCUAGUGGUUCUCAACCUUCCUCAUGCCACGACCCUUUAAUACAGUUCCUCAUGUUGUGGUGACCC